UCUGGUUAUCAGGGGUGUUGUACUGGGUGUGGAGUUUGUUAGAAGUGAUGAAGCUGGGUCUCUGGGAUACCCUUUUGAAGAGCUAAGCUUUGCAUUUGAGCACUUUGAAAUUGGGCUGAGGAAUAUUCUGGGCUGGGCUGAACCAGAGCCACAGAGAAAUGGGGGCUGGUCUCAGACCUGGUGAGGUUGGGAAAGUAUUGGGUUAAAUCCGAACACGUCUGAUCCUAAGACCAGUUGCUAAGAGUUGCCGGAUGGUAAGGAUGGUUGCUGGAUGUCUCAUCCUCUUUAAGGCUGUGAAGACAGGCUCUGACAAGGCCUUUUCCCAGUCUCAGGUAUUCAGGGGUGGAAGAUGUGCCCAUCACCAUCAGCUGUGCGAAGGAUUUAAGAGAGAUUGUGCACUUGAAGGUUUAUCUGCUGCGGCGGGGAUGAUGGUAGCUGCAGCUGCAUCUCCCCCUCGUGGAAAAGAUAGCAAAAAUGGGAUUUGUGGGAGUGAAGCCGAUUUUAGCUCUUCAAGCAGCACGGGCAGUAUUUCAGCGCCUGAAGUCCAUAUGUCUGCUGCUGGAAGCAAAAGAUCUUCUUUUUCUCGCAAUCGUGGCCCUUAUGGUCGGAAUAAUGGAUCCUUGUCCUACAAGUCCGGAGCCAGCCCACCUGCUUCCCGUGAAAAGGACCCUUUGUCAACAUUGUGCAAAAACCAGCUGAGUCCUGCUAACAUCCAUCAGAGUUACAGGGCUUCUUCAGCCAGCAGCAGCAACUCAGGCUCAUACAAAGGAAGCGACAGCAGCCCAGUGAUGAGGCGAUCAGGGAGAUACAAUUCUUGCGGUGACAAUCAGAGCAUUAAGCUACAAAAUCCAGAGCAGUAUUUGACUCCUCUGCAGCAGAAAGAAGUUACAGUACGGCAUUUGAAAACAAAGCUGAAGGAAUCUGAGAGCAAACUUAAAGAAAGGGAAACAGAAAUAGAAGAGCUCAAAGCUCAGCUGGGACGAAUGAGGGAAGACUGGAUUGAAGAAGAGUGUAAUCGUGUGGAGGCAGAGCUGGCCUUAAAGGAAGCAAGAAGCAAAAUUAAACAACUCAAGCAGGUUAUUGAAACCAUGAAAAACAGCUUGGCUGAGAAAGACAAAAAAAUUCAGAAAUACUUCAUAGACAUAAACAUUCAAAACAAGAAACUGGAAUCUUUGCUGCAUAGCAUGGAGAUGGCUCAGAACAGCUCUGUGAGGGAUGAGCAGUGCCUGGAAUACACGUGUGACUCGGAGGGGAAGCCAUUAGUCUUGUGUGCCAUGAUGCCAGACAGCCUUAUCACAGAGGACCAAGCUCUGGAGGAGGUGGCAGAUAAUGGGCUGCUUCUUAAUGAGGACGCAGCUAACGGGACUGAUUCAUCUGAAGGGAGUUUGACCACCACAACAUCUGAGUUUAGUGAUCCAGCUCCUUCCAGUUCUGCUUUGAAUGAAGAGAUGCUUGAAAAUGUUCUGGAUGAAAAACUAACUCCUCCCCAGGAGGAGGAGAAGAGCAGCAGCGUGAUGGUGGAACAGGCCAUCCAGACUGACGUGGUGCCAUAUACCCUAGAUGUGGAGCAGCUCAUUCAAAACAUCUUUAGAGCUCAAGAUGCCUGUCCUCUAAGCCCACCUUCUUCACUGAAGGAAUUGGGUGAAUUUUCUCCUGGAAGCUUCAGCGAUUCUGGUAUCAUAGUGGACUUAACUCCAAGUGAUCCAAACUCUGCCAUCCUUUUGUCUCCUAUGGAGUCUCCGUGCAGGAAGGUGGAGCAUGGAGUUAAUGAAAACCGUUUCAUGAAAGAACUUGAUUUUACAGAACCUCAUGAUGAUGAAGCCUUUGGGUAUGUCAAUACUUUCACUCAGUCAGGAAUAAAGAGGAGAUACUGGAGCAGCAGUCCCCUCAGAGAUGUUCUGGCUGUAGCAGCCCCUCUUGUACCAACUAUCAUGUGGGCUUUCAGUACUCAAAGAGGAGGAACAGAUCCCAUUUACAAUAUUGGAGCAUUGCUUCGUGGUUGCUGCCUGGUGGCCCUGCACUCUUUACGCCGUACACCCUUCAAUAUCAAAAACUAAAGGCUACUCUGUCCCUGGGCACCAACCGGCUGAGGCAAAGAGAAAGAGGGAUGAGAUAGAUCAUAAAAAGUUAUUAUAUAUUCUGGCAGAGUCCAUCAUUUUGCUUUUGACUAUUUGAUUUGCACUAUAAAUCAGUUUGAAAACAUGUUCCUUGUUUCAAAAUGAAAAA